GCACCCAAACUUACCGCAGGCAGCCGGCGCUAUCCCCCCAAGACUUAAGAUAAAUAUAAGGACCAAGUACAAGUCGGCUGUCACCCUGUUCCCGGAGAAUUGCGCGUUUUCUGGACGAGGUCGCGCAUGCCGACAUGCUCGGUGGUCGCCGUGGGUUGGCCGGGGGCUUCCGGCUUAGGUACCGGUGCCGAAUAAUACUCCUGUCAUCAUAGAGCACCAAUCAACGAGCCCUGGCUCCAAUCUUGCUUAAGGCACCACUCACCUUCUGAAAGCGCAACUCCCGAGCGGCCCCCGCGGGAGGGCGCGCACGAGCAGCCAGUUAUGCCACUUAUAGAAGAUGUACAACUCUCUUGUGGAAGCAAUUAAGGCUGAGGCCGGAGGUCCUUGAGCGGACUGCAGGCAUCAGACGGUGGCCAUGACCGCGUCUGUGGGCUCCGCCCCGACCUUUCGACCCGACGAGAUUGAUUGGGCAGACCCGGUUGCAUACCUGGCCAGCAUCAGGCCACUAGCGGAGCCGUAUGGUGUCUGCAAGAUUGUCCCGCCGAAGGGCUGGGAACUGCCCUUCUCGCUGGACUUGUCUAGCCUGCGGUUCCCCACACGCAUCCAAAAGGUCCAUGAGCUACAGCACCGGGAUUUUGCCCAGCAGCUGACCGACUUCUACCUCGAUUAUGACAAGUUUCUGCAAACCCAGGGCAAAGAGCUGAAGAAAUGGAAGUAUCCGCAGUUCCUUGGCAAAGAUAUCGAUAUAUUUGUCCUCCUGAAGGCCGUGCAACGACGGGGAGGCUACUCGGCGGUGACAGAGCAGAAGCGCUGGAAGGAGGUGGCCAAGGUGCUGCAGAUCUCAGAAAAGGGCGCCACCAGCUUGGCGUACGGCAUGCGGCAGCUGUACGUCAAGCACCUGCUGCCGUACGAGGACUGGAAGAACGGCACCGGCGACGCCGCGGCAGCCCUGGCAGCCGUGAAGGCGGAGGCGGAGGCGGCGCGCAAGGCGGGGCAGCUGGGGCUGGAGGCAGAGCACGAGGCUGGGGAGGGCGAGGGCGGCGGUGCCGGCGGCACUGCAACUGGGGCAGGCGGCAGCGCGGCAACUGCCGCGGCCACGGCCGACGCGCCGCGCUCGGGAUCCCAGCCGCAGCCGGGGUUGAACCUGCUGCCGCCGUCGAUGCGCCGCAUUGAGCGGCGGGCGGCGCCGCUGCCCGCGGGCGUACCGGCGGCUGCGGGGACGACGGCAGCGGGACGGACGCCACGCGCCGCGGCGGCGCCGGCCGUGUCACAGACGGCAUCCCCGCCAGAGUCACAGCGCGGCACCACAGCAGCUUCCGCAGAUGGAGGGCCGCGGUCGUUCAAGCGCAAGCGGCUGGUAGCUCUUGAGCCCGCCGGAGCCAGUGGGCCGCCUGCUGCUGCCGCCCGCGCAGGUGCCGGUGCUAGUGCAGAGGGCGUAAGCGCGGUGAAGCAGGAGGGCGCGAUGAUGGGCAAGGGCGCGGACAGUGCGGACGAGGGCCUGUCGGGGCGCUCGUGGCCGCGUGCUGGUGCCGCGUCGGGGUCUGGUGACGAGGAUGCGGAGCGGAAGCGCGCGCGCAAGCCGCAAGGCAGGGAUGGCAGGGAUGGCGCGACGGGCUCCGCAUACGCCAGCCCUGGCGACGGCCCGGAGGGCAAGGGCAAGCCGAAGGCGGGGGCCGACGGGGCCGAUGGUGGCGACGCUGCAGCGGGGGCGGCGCAGCCCCAAAUGCCCAAAUCCAAGCGGCAGCAGGAGCGCCUGGCAAAGCAGCAGCAGCUAGAGCAGGAGCAAGCGGAGCAGGAGGCGCGGGCUGCGGCCGCGCGCGCUGCCGCGGCCGCCGCCCGCGCCGCUGCAGAGGCAGCGCAGCAGGAGGAGGAUGCGGCUGAGGCGGCCGAGGCGGCUGAAAUCCUGGAGGCAAUGCUAGGCCUGUGCGCGACACCUAAGAAGCCCGCGGCGCCGGGCACGGAGCCCGCAGCCGCACCUGCCACAUCCGCAGCCCUACUAGGGGCCGCAGGGGCCGGCGCCGACUGGUCUCCGUCAGCAGGUGGCGGCGCUGCGGAGGCCGCGCAGCCCCAGGACCCGAACAAGCGCAUCCGCAAGCCCUCAGCGAAGCUGGCAGACCAGGCGGCGGCUGCGGCGGAGCUGCGGGAGGCGCGGGAGCGGCCGCCGGUGCCAGUGCAGAAGAAGCGCAAGACGGGAGGGGGCGAGGAGGGAGUGCCGGGCGGGCGCGAGACCACGCCGCCCGCCAUCACCUGCGCCGCCUCCCUCAAGGCCAAGCCCAAAGCCGCUGCGCCAGCGGCCGUUGCCGGCGCCGCAGGCGGCAGGGGCCGCGCGCCGCGCAGCGUCGACGUCUCCCCUGACACCGACUCAGCCGCAUACGCCGGCGGCGUCGGCGCAGCCGCCAUGCCCGCUGCCGGCCCGGCCUCUCCCUCCUCGCCGCCCGGCUCCGGCCUGCCCAGUGAUAUCAACACGCUGGUGUGCGAGCUGUGCAGCAGCGGCCAGAAUGAGGCCGAGAUCCUGCUGUGUGACUGCUGCGACCGCGGCUACCAUCUGUACUGCCUCAUGCCGCCACUGGCCGCGGUUCCGGAGGGUGACUGGCUGUGUCCGCGCUGCGCGCGCGCCGAGGCCGCGGGGGCGCUGUUCGCCGACGGCGGCGAGAUGGGCUGGCCGGAGUUUGAGGAGAUGGCGGCGGCAAUGCGGAAAAGCCACUGGGGCAGCGAGUCCAAAGCCAAGAAGUUGUCUGCUGAGGAGGUGGAGGAGGAAUACUGGCGGCUGGUGGAUGGCGUGGAGGACGAGGCGGAGGUGCUCAUCAGCGCAGACCUGGACGCAGCCACGCACGGCAGCGGAUUCCCGAGGCCCACUGCAGCUGCGCCUGCGGCUACGGGACAAGGCUGGAACCUCAACAUCCUGCCUCGGCUCGAGGGCUGGCUGCUUCGGCACCUGCCGCCCGGCGCGGUGCUGCCCGGCGUCACCUCGCCCUGGCUGACCGCCGGCAUGACCUUCUCCACCUGCUGCUGGCACACCGAGGACGCCGGGCUGGCGGCCGCGCACUGGCUGCACGCGCCGGCACACAGGGCUGGCAGUGGCGGCGGCGAGGGCGGCAGCGCCGGCGGCAGCGGCCGGCGCUGGUACGCGGUGCCGGCGGCGGCGCAGCACCUCUUUGAGCGCGCCUUCCGCGCGGCAACCCGCCAGGAGGCCAAGAACCAGCUCGACCCGCUGCUGCAGCUGGCAGUGAUGCUCAACCCGCGCACGCUGGCUGCCGGCGGCUUACCCGUGUACGGCGUGACGCAGGCGCCGGGGGAGCUGGUGGUGACGUGGCCGGGCACCUACCACGCCGCCGUGUUCCUGGGGCUGGGGCUGGCGGAGGCGGUGGCGCUGGCGCCGCCGCAGUGGGCGCUGCACGCGGCGGCGGCGGCGGCCCGGUAUCGCCUGUUCAAGCGGCCGCCGCUGCUGGGCGCCGAGGAGCUGCUGCUGACGUCAGCGCGGCGCGAGGCGGCGCCGGCGCCCUGCAGCUACCUGGUGCCGGCCCUCAGGCGCCUGGCGCAGCAGGAGCAGCGCCUGUGGCUGGGGCUGUGGGCACAAGGUGUCGUCCGCAGCAGGCGCAUGGGCGCGGGUGGGGCGGCCGCAGCCACCGGCGGCGCGUCGGCUGGCGGUGGCGACGGCGGUGGCGGUGGUGGUGGUGGUGGUACAGGUGCCUCGGCGAGCGCUCUAGCGCUGCCCGGCCGCCGGAAGAACCGCAAGAGCCGAAAGACUGGCGCCGCAGACGCCCCACCAGGCGGCGCCGGCUCCGCGCCGGUUGGCGGCGCUGCUGCAACCGGCGGCAUAACCUCCGCAGCUGGCACGGUCGCGACCGCGGCCGCCGCCGCCCCGUCGGCGGACGAGGAGGCGGAGUGCGAGGUGUGCCGUGCGCCGCUGCACCUGAGCGCGGUAGAGUGCGACUGCUGCCCCGGCCAGCUGGUGUGCUGCCUGCACGCCGACGCGCUGUGCGGCUGCGCGCCGGCCCGGUGGCGGCUGGUGUACCGGCACAGCCUGCGCGAGCUUGCCGAGCUGGCGGAGGACGUGGCGGCGCGCGUGCCUGCGGAGCGGCUGGCGGCGGCUGAGGCCGAGGCGGCGGCGCUGGCGGCGGCCCAGGCAGACGCGCUGGUGGCGGCGUCGACGGCGCCGGCGGUCGGCGCCACCGAGGGCGCUGGCGGCGUCGGUGGCGGCGCGCUGGGCUGGAGGGGCGCGUGCAAGUCCGAGGCGAAGGCAGAGCCGGGCCUUGGCGCGGUGGCGGGGCAUGUGGCUGUGAAGGCUGAGCCGGGGGCGGCGGCCGGGGCGGCGCCUAUGGACCUAGACGGGGGCGGAGGCACUGGCGCCGGGAUGGCUGCUCGCUUCAAGUCGGAGAGCGCGGACGACGACGACGAUCCGCUCAUUGGGCCUGGCUCGGCCCGGCCCAUCUUCAGGGCCCAGACAUCGCGCACGCCGCAGCCCUCAGCAGCCGUGGCAGUGGCUGCGCCGCACGGCACCAAGCCAGCGCCAGCCGCAGCCGCAGCCGCUCCCGCGCCACCCACACCUGCAGCUGCAGCUGUGCUUGCGCCAGUGGGCCUGGCGGCUGCGGCCAGGAGCGCGGCGACACCCGCGCAACACCAGCAGCACCAGCAACACCAACACCCGGAUGCACAGCUUGCGGCGCUGCAGGCUCAGCACGUGGCGGCGGCGGCGGCCUGGGGCGGCCGCUGCCGGGCGCUGCUGCGGACGGGCACGGCGCGGCCCAUCGAGGUGGAGGGGGCGCUGGGCGAGGCGGAGCAGUUCGUGUGGGGCGGCCGCGACAUGGACGAGGCCAGAGAGUCGGAGGCGGCGCUGCGCUCGGCGCGCGAGUGGAGCCACGCCGUCAUGGCGGCCACCCGCGGGCGGCCCGCGCUGGAGGCGCUGGACGCGGUGCUGCGGGUGGAGCCGCCGCCCAUGGUGGCGCCGGCGCUGCCCAAGCUGCGCGAGCUAGCGCGCGCCGCUCGCGCCUGGCGCGAGGAGUACGUGGCGCUGAUGGGGCCGCUGCCGGCAGCCGGGGCGGCGGGCGGUGGGGAGGCGGCAGCGGCGGAGGAUGUGGAGGAGAGGCCGCUGGUGCCGCUGGCGGCGAUGGAAGAGCUGGGCGCCAAGGCCGCGGGGCUGCUGGUGGACCUUCCCGAGCUCACCGACCUGCAGCAACGCCUGGCGGCCGGCCGCGAGCUGGCAGCAGUAGCCCGCCAGCUGCUACUGCCGCCGGAGGGCAGCUGUGGCGGCAGCGGCAGUAGCCAGGCCUGGCCGUACGAACAGCGCCCCACACUGGCGCAGCUGCGGCAGCUGCACCAAGAGAUCACCACCUCGCGUGUGCUGCUGCCACUGCCCGAGGCCGCCGCCACGGGCCCACUGCUGGCCCGCUGCGAGGCGGCGGCGGCGGCCGCCAAGGAGCUCCUGCGGCGCAAGGCCCCGCUGGCGGAGCUGAGGGCGUUCGUGGAGCAGCUGGGGGAGCUGCCGGUCUCGCUGCCCGAGGUGCGGCAGCUCAGCGACCUGCUGGACAAGGCGGCGGACUGGCUGGCGCGAGUGCAGGCGGCCAGCGGCGGCAGGCAGCCCGCGCCGCCGCUGAAGGAGAUGCGGCUGCUGCUGCACGCUGGCGAGCGCAUGGGCGUGGAGAUGCCGGAGGCGGAGGGCCUGCGCGCGCUCAUCCGCCGGCGCGAGUGGGAGGAGAGCGCGCGGCGGCUGCUGGGCAGCGCCUCCGCCAAGACCACCCUCAGCACACUGGCGGAGGCGCUGGCGGAGGCGGCCGCCAUGGGCGCGGUGGGCGGCGAGGUUUACGAGGCGCUGAGGCAGCGGCACGAGGCGGCGGCGGCCUGGGACCGCCGCGCGCAGGCCCUGCUUGCGGUGGACGCCAGCGCGGUGCGGGACCCGGCACGGGCGGCGGGUGGCGGUGGCGCUGCAGGUGGUGCGGCUGCUGCGGGGCCGGAGGCGGGCGAGGGUGCGGAGGCGGCGACGGGUGAGGAGGGCGGCGCGGCUGCUGCGGCAGCUGACCUUCCUGCCAGUGUGGAGGAGCUGGAGGCGUUUGUGUCCGAGGGGGCGCGGCUGGGGCUGCGGCUGGAGCGGCUGGCGGUUAUGACGCGGCUGUGCGAGGGAGCCCAGCGCUGGAUGGACACGUCAGAGCGGCUGCUGCUGCAGGCGGACGCCGGCGAGCACCCGGCGGCCAAGCAGGUGGAGGCGGCGCUGGCGGCGGCGGAGGCGCUGGGCUUCGCGGCGCACUGCCUGCCGCAGGCGCACCUGGCGGCGCUCAGGCAGCUGCUCACAGGCGCCUCGCUGUUCAGGGACAGGGCGGCGGAGGUGCUGUGUGAGCCCACCCUGGAGCCGGACGAGUCGCUGGUGGCGGCGGCGGAGGCGCUGGUGGCGGAGGGCGGCCAGCUGGGGCUGCAGUUCCCGGAGCUGGUGCGGGUGCGCUGCUGGCUGGAGGCGGUCAAGUGGAACGCGCACGUGCGGGAGGUGUUUGGCCUGGUGUUCCUGCCGCUGGAGGAACAGGCUGCGGCGGAGGCGGAGGCCGCAGCGGCACUGGCACUGGUGGCGGCGGCGGCGGCGGCGGAGCUGGAGGGCGGCUCGCCGCCGCCGCUAUCGGCAGCCGCCAAGGCCGGCCGGGGCGCGUCUGAGCCUAUGGACGCAGACGGCCCUGGUGCUGCUGGUGGCAGUGGCGCGGGCGGCGCGAUGCAGCAAGAGCAGGAGCAGGAGCCGCCGGCCGCGCCGCCGGCCCGGGAGGUGCCGCCGCCGGCGCCGCUCAAAGCCGCACGUGCCGCACUGGACAAGGCCGCAGCGCUGCACCUGCCCGUGGACCCCGUGCUUCGCUCCGCGCUGUCGGGCGCGGUGGUGGAGGCCACGGCCUUCGAGAUGCGCGUGCUGGCGCGCCUGGCCGCCGCGCGCGCGCCGCCGCCCCACACGCUGCCCAUCAGCGAGGGCGAGCUGCUGGCCUGGCGCGAGCAGGGCGCAGGGCUGCCGUUGGCGCCCGACGUGCUGGGCACCCUGGACGCGCUGCUGGACGAGCAGCAGCGGCGGUGCGGCCGCCUGGCGGCGCUGCUGCUGCCGCAGCAGCAGCUGCCGGAAGCCAUGGAGUCCAGCGGCACGCAUGACGACUACAUGAGCGGCGGCUACGGCGGUGGCGAGCAGCUGCUGCCUGGAGGGGACAGCGGCAUGGGCGGCGCAGCCGAGGCGGGAGUACCCGGGGCCGGCCCUGGCUCCGGGUUCGGUGUUGGGGUCGUCGGCGGUGGCGGCGUGGGCGUGGGCUUGGGUGGGCGGGGCCGUGUGACGCUGGAGACGCUGGCGCUGAUGCACGAGGAGGCGAUGACCAGCCCGCUGGGCCCAGACCCGGAGCUGGAGGAGGCGGCGGUGCGCGCGCUGGCGGAGGCGGAGGCGUGGCGGGAGCGGCUGCGCAAGACGCUGCUGCGCCGCAAUUCCGUCGUCAAGAUGGACCGGGCGCUGGUCUCUCUCACUUCAACCACGGCGCUGGCGCUGGCGGCGCUGCUGCGGCUGGAGCCGGUGCGCAGCGGGCGCCUGGUGCUGGCGGCCAGUCAGGCGCUGGAGGCGGCGGGGGCCGGAGAGGGCGCUGGGGUCCGCCGGGCGGCCACGGAGGCGGAGCUGAAGGCGGACGAGGACGAGGCGGCGCUGGGCGGCAGUGCGGAGGAGGACGGCGCGGCAAGGGCCGAGGACAAGGCGGCAGGCGGCGAGCCGAGCGCGGCGAAGGGGGAGCAGGAGGGCGGGCAAGCCGCAGCCGCAGACGGGGCAGCAGCGGUAGCGGCUGACGGCGGUGCUGCGGACGGUGGGGCGGCCGCGGCUGCCGCCAGCGCUGCCGCGGAGGAGCCGCUGCCGCUGCCGUCGUCGGCUCUGGCCAUGGUCCUGCCGCAGGCCAUCCCGCCGGAGCUGCUGCGGGGCCUGCCGCCGCGGCCGCCGCGCUCCGACUCGGACGACGACGACGACGACACCGACCCCCUGGCCGCCGUCAUCGGCGUCGCCGGCGGCCCCGAGCUGGCGGCCAAGGGCGGCGCCGGCGUGGCGGCGUUGCUGGCGCGGACGGCGCCGGGGCAGCCGCCCAUCAUGUGCCUGUGCCAGAGCACGUCGGGCGCGGAGGACACGGUCAUGAUAUGCUGCGCCUGCGGCGACGUGUACCACCACCGGUGCUGCGGCCUGUCGGCGGCGGGAGCGCGCAACGCCAAGCGCUGGGCGUGCCCGCUGUGCGCCGCCGCCACCACGCGCCAGGACGUGGGCAGCCUGGAGGCGCUGUGCAGCAGGUUCCGGCGCACUCGGCGUCCCUUGCUGUCUGACCUGGAGGACCUGCUGGCGGGGGCGGAGGCGCUGCGGGUGGAGCUGCCGGAGGAGGGGGAGCUGCGGGCGGCGGUGGACGACUUCAGGCGAUGGGAGGCCCUGGCACGGCAGCUGCUGUCCGCACACGAGACGCUCAUCACAGCAUCCAAGCGCUCCGCCGUCAGCGCCGCUGCCACCACUGCCGGCAAGGGCGCCGGGGCCACCCCAACCCCCAAGCCCAAGGGCAGUGCCGGCCCGCCGCCCGAGACGCUGGCGGCGUCGGCGCACGUGCUGCGCGAGAUCAUCAAACAGGGCUGCUGCUGCGAGGUGGACGCGUCGGAGCUGCUGACGGCGGCGCUGCUGCUGCUCAAGCUGGAGGGGUGGCGUGUCAAGGCCGGCCCGCUGGUCUUCGGCUCGCAGAAGCUGACGUUGGACGCCUUGUCGAGGCUGCUGCGUGACGCCGAGGCCUCCGGCGUGCCGCCCUCGGACCCGCUGGUGACGGCGCUGCAGGCGCGGCAGGCGGUGACGCGCGCCUGGCUGGACGAGGUGCGGGAGGUGGAGGCGGCACUGCGCAACGCGGCGGGCGCGGACGCCAACCGGCCCGUCGUGCAGGGCCUGCUGGCGCGGGCGCGGCGCACGUUGACGGCGGCGUCGGCACUGCCCGUCAAGGUGGACAAGGAGUGCGAGCGGCUGGCGGAGAUGUCGUCUGUGUACUGCCUGUGCCGCCGGCUGUACGCGGAGGGCGAGCCCAUGCUGGGCUGCGACCACUGCGACGAGUGGUACCACUUCGAGUGCGUGGGCCUGCACCGUCCGCCCGCCGGAUGGGGCGGCGCCGGCGACGGCAGCGACGACGACGACGGGCUGGGCGGCUCGCUGGCCUCCAGCCUGCGCCGCAGCCGCAAGCCCAAGUACAUUCCCGACGACUACUGGUGCCCGCGCUGCUGCGCGCGCGACCGCAAGGCCUACGGCCACGAGCUGUCCAUGCCGUUCGCAAUGCGCCAGGUGCUGCAGCGGCUGCGGGAGGAGCGCGCCGCGGCGCUGGUCAACGUCGGCGGCGCCACCGCUGCCAGCGCGAGGGCGGCGGCGGUGGCUGGCGCCGCCGGGCUGGGCGGCGGCGUGGUGAUGAACAGCCUGGCAGCGGCGGCGGCGGCGCGGGCCGGCAUGGGGCUGACGCUGGGAGGCACGGGCGGCAUGGGCGCGCUGGGCGGGUUGGGCGGCAUGGGCAUGGGCGGGCUUGGAGGCCUGGCCGGCUUUGGAGGCUUGGGCGGGCUAGGCGGCAUGGGCGGCUUGGGCGGGCUAGGCGCCGUGGGCAGCCUGAGUGCCCUGGCUCAGCACCAGAUCCUGGCGGAGAGGCUGCGCACGCGUGCCGCGCUGCUGGCCGCGGCCAACAUGGGCGCAGCUGCGGCUGCAGCGACAGCGGCAGCAGGUGAUGGCCAAGGCGGAGACGAAGAAGCAAGAGGCGGUGGGCGUGGGCGGGGCGGCGACCGCGGCGCAGCCGACUCGAGUGCAGGUCACGGCGGUGACGGUCACGGCGAUGACGGCGGUGGCGCGACCAGCAGCGCCGAGGGCGAUGUUGUGCAGCCGGAGGAUGCCGAUGCUGCCGACGGUGCUGCAGGCGGGGCUAGUGACGCCAGGGGCGCGCCCGCGGCUUCCGGUGCGGGCGGCACGGGCGCGGCCUCCGUUGGCGCAGCGGCUGCAAGCGGCGGAGCCGCGGCAGCGACCGCCGACGCGGAUGCUGAGGUCGGUACCGGCGGCGAGGCCGCUGCUGCCAGCCCCUUCAAGAAGGCCGCGGCCACGACGCCGAAGGCCGGCGACACGGCGGCCGCCGAUGCUGGCGGCGAGGCUGAGGCCGAGUGUGAGGCUGCAGCGCGCGCGCCCAGCACCUCACGCGGCACCAGCGGCACCCAGACCGCCGCCGCCCUGAACCGCCAGCCAUCCAGCGCUCGCAGUGGCUCCGCAGGGCCGCGCACACUGGCGGCCGCCGCCAAGCAGCGCGACCAGCGGCUGAAGCAGCAGAACCAGCAGGCGGCAGCAAGCGCCGCCGCCGCCGCGGCAGCAGCAGCCGCCCAGGCGGCGCAGAUGUCUGCAGCAGGCGGGUUUGGCGGCCUGGGCGGCUUCGGAGGCGCAAUGCUGGGAGGUGUGCGGCUUCCGAGCGGAGGCAUGGGCGGCAUGCUGCAUGGCGGCUUCACGGGUGCCGGCUGGGGCACCGGUGCGGCUGGCGGCGGCGGCGGUGGUGGUGACCGUGAUGGCAGUGAGCGCGAGAACCGCGGCGAGCGCGAAGGUCGUUCCAGCGACAAAGGCGGUGACAAAGGCGGCGAUAAGCGCGGCGACAAGCGCGGCGACAAAGGCAGCGACAAGGGCAGUGACAAGGGGGCUGUCAAAGACGGCGACAAAGACGGCGACAAGGGCGCCACCGGGCGUGUUGAUCCGGAGGUGCUGGAGCGCUGGCAGCAGCUGGAGGCGAUGGACCGGCAGAUGAAGGAGGAGCGGGCCAAGAUGCUGAUGGGCUCCAUACGCCUGGCGCAGGCGCAGGCCGCAGCGGGCCUGGCGGCGGAGGCAGGCAUGGGCAUGGGCGCCGGCGCGUUCGGCGGCGCUGGCGCGCUGGGCGGAAUGGGAAUGGGGAUGGGCAUGGGGAUGGGGAUGGCCAUGGGCGGCGGCGGGCAGCAUCUGUGGGGCGGACUGUCGGCAGCGCAGCACCAGCAGCUGGCGGCUUCCGCGCUGGGCGCGACGGGAGGUGAGGCUGCCGCCAUGGGUGGCGUCAUGGGCGGCGGCAUGACCGGCGGCAUGGGCAUGGGCGCGGGCAUGAGCGCGGGCAUGGGCCUAGGAGCAGGCAUGGGCGCAGGCAUGGGCAUGGGCGCCGGCGGCUACGGCGCGGCGGGGCACAUGUUCGGGGCGGGGCUGCAGCAGCAGCAGCAGUCGCUGGCGGCGCAGAUACAAUCGGCGCAGCUGCUGGCGGCAGUGCAGCAGCAGCAGCAGCAGCAGCUCGGCCGGGAGCAGCUGGCGCGGAUGGCGGCGGCGGGGCUGGGUGCGUACGGCAUGGGGGACAUGGGCCUGGGCGGCCUGGGUGCAGGUGGAGCCGGCGGGGGAGGCGGGGGAGGCGGUGGCCGCAGCGGCGGCAAAUCGUCCGGCAAGGCGCGCGGCAACAAGUCAGCGGGAUCCGAUGAGCGCGGGCGGCGGGAAUCGGCGGGAGCUGACACCGCUGCGGCGGAGGGCGAGGCCAGCGCGGACGGGAAAGAGUGAGCGCAGGCGCUUUCAGUAAUUUAGGAAAUGAUUGUUGGGUAGUAUAUGGCUAGCUCAGGGUCGGGUAUACUGCUCACUCUGCAUGGAGUAUGACAUUCGAAGUGGGGAUGUGUUUACGAUUGACCGGAAAUGUUAAUGGCGGUAAUAUUCUUGUCUACUUGCCACAACGCGUGGCCCCCAGCGCCGGUUCAGAACUGUGUGGACUGCCGUGCGUGUGCAAUACCGUUAUACAUGGCAUGGGCACGAAUGGCAAGGGAACACGCCCGCCGCCUCCAAAUGGUGUGGUUGAUUCGGGGCACGUUGGGUUUUGAGGGCAUGACAGCCAUCCCAAAUGCGUCUGGGAAGUUUGAUUUACUUAAGUUGCAAAAGCAGCCUCAGCGGCGAUUGCGACGUCUUGAUUGCAGCGCGUUUGCAUUUAGAACUGGAACCCUGCGAUGCGUGAGCGUGGGGGCGUCGAGGGUGCCUCGCAUGCAAUAAAAGGCCAUGUAUGCUUUGGUGAAGCAUCAACAGUGCAAGAGCACAGGGGCUGUGACCCACGGGUGGUGGACAAGCAGUUCAGGCAGGUAGCACUACCAUACUGUAGCGGUGCAGCCAUGCAAAAGGCAGGGUAGUUCAGUGGCACGUGCCGCGUGUUGCGUGCUUGUUGUGGUGGCGGCAAGCACGGCGGCACAGGGUUGAGACCAGGGGCGACGUAUCAGCCGAGCCGUUAGCAUGAGCAGGCGUGAGACAUCUGGCAUGAUUUAGGAUGGAGCAGAUCUGAAGGUGGGUUCUGGUGUGUGCAGGUUGCAAGUCAUUUGAUUGUGUCUUAUGGCUGAGGGCAUGCCGCAUGGGCGGCAUGGUCACUCGGUGCGAUGGGACAGGGUAUGGGCAGGUUGGCGUCGUCCCGUGGCGUGCAACGGGCGUUGUGUGGCCACUGGCGGCAUGGCCAAUAUCACAGUGUAAUGCACGGUCGGC